GAAAGUUUAUCGAUUUCGAGAGUUUCGACAACACCGCUUUCUCCAUUGCAUGUCCGACUGAGGAACUGGAGUACGUAGGACAUACUGCUCCUCUUCAGUCUGGAUAUCUCCAGACCAACUGCAUUUAUCUACUCUUCCUACGCCAUCCUUUGCCCCGUCGGCUCAUUCUUCAAAAUUUACAGCCGCAAAAAAAGAUCUUCCCCAGAAUUUUGAAGGCACUCGAAGCCGAAAUAUCACCAGGACCGCAACCGUCGAACCGCAGAGUCGAACAUAGCAUAUCAACCCCAAAUCAAGGCCCAAUAAAAGAAGAUUGACCGAAUACAUAGACUGCCACAAUGUCGUCCAUGCGCAACGCCGUCCAGCGGCGGUCGCACCGCGAACGUGCUCAGCCACUGGAACGUGAGAAAUGGGGACUUCUCGAGAAGCACAAGGACUACUCGCUCCGCGCCAAAGACUUCAAUGCAAAGAAAGCUCGUCUCCGCGUGCUGCGGCAAAAAGCCGCCGAGCGCAACCCCGACGAAUUCGCAUUCGGCAUGAUGCGCUCUCGCACCAAUGCCGCUGGCCAGAAAAUCACCGACCGAGGAAACAAGGCGCUGAGCCAGGAAGUCGUGCAGCUCCUGAAGACACAAGACGCAGGGUACCUGCGAACCAUGGCGCAGAAAGCGCGGAAAGAACGGAUGUCUCUUGAAGAAGGAUUCGUGUUGCCCGAAAAGAAUACACGGGCCGGGGAUGAUGACGAGGACGACGAGGACGAGGACGACAACGUCGCGCCCGUUCGCCGCAUUGACGAAAUCGGCAACGCUCAAGACGAAGAUAAGGACGAAGACGACGAGUUUGACUUUGGAUUCUCUGCGCCGAAACCUAAGCCGCGACGGACAGUCUUUGUCGAUUCAAAAGAGGAACAAGCAUCGUUUGAUCCAAAACUAAACCGCCGCUCGUCAGGCCUAGAAGCCGGGGCCAGUGACGCUCUGAAAGGUCAAGGAGCGGCGAAUGAUGAAGUCGACGAGGACGACCAGGACGAGGCAGAAGAUGAAGAUCAAGAACAGCAAGGGGGAAAGAAAAAGUUUAUAAGUGCCCGCGAAGCACGCAAGGCCCUCGAAGCAGAAAAAGAAGACCGCGCUCUCCGCAAGCGCCGGAAACGAGAACAAGAGAUCCGCAAAGCCCGACUCGCCGCCGCACGGAAUCGCGAACAGCAGCUCAUGAUUGCAGAGCGCGAGCUCGAUUUGCAGCGCGCCAAGAUGUCGAAUUCCGUCGGCGGCGUGAAUAAGAAUGGCGUCAAGUUCAAGGUUAGAGAGCGGAAGAGAUAAAGCCUCAAGACCCCGCUCUUCCCUUGGCGUAGUGCUGGAAUCUAGUCAUAUUACCUAGGGACCUUAGUUAGGUCUCUUUUUCAUUGUCGCCGCCCAGUCCCAGGCGGUAUUAUCUUAAUUGGUCCCUUGAUCGCCUCCCAGUCCCAGCUUUGGUCAUGUUUCUCAUUCUGCCUCUUUUUCUCUUUCUCCCCCUUUCAGUUCUCAAAUAAAAGAGCUGCCGCAUGAAAGACUUGCCUUGUUUAAAAAGUUUGUUACUAUUUUGUUUUUUUCAUGUAUGUAUGUAUAUUUGUUUCUUGCAUAAUCGGCGUUUAUUUUUUUUUUUUUUUUGUCUCAAGG